AAAUAAGCCCCCAAAAUACACGCAGUCCAUUCACUCCCUGUGCUUACUAGUCUCCAUUUUUACAAGAAGAAGAAAAAUGCCACCAAAGGCAUCGAAAUCAAAAGACGCACCUGUUGAAAGGCCUAUUCUCGGCCGUUUCUCUUCACAUCUUAAAAUCGGAAUUGUUGGAUUGCCUAAUGUAGGGAAAUCAACUCUGUUCAAUACUCUUACUAAGCUGUCGAUACCUGCUGAGAACUUUCCCUUUUGUACGAUUGAACCUAACGAGGCUCGUGUCAAUAUCCCUGAUGAGCGAUUUGAAUGGCUUUGUCAACUUUUCAAGCCUAAGAGUGAGGUCUCUGCAUUCUUAGAGAUUCAUGACAUUGCUGGGCUGGUUAAAGGUGCUCAUGAAGGACAAGGGCUUGGAAACAAUUUCUUAUCUCACAUUCGUGCAGUUGAUGGGAUAUUCCAUGUUUUACGUGCAUUUGAAGACCCAGAUAUCAUACAUGUUGAUGACUCUGUGGAUCCUGUAAGAGAUUUGGAAGUCAUUACUGCAGAAUUACGGCUGAAGGAUAUCGAGUUCAUGAAAAGAACGAUUGAAGAUCUUGAAAAGAGCAUGAAGAGGAGCAAUGACAAGCAGUUAAAAGUAGAGCAUGAAGUUUGCUUGAAGGUCAAAACAUGGCUUGAGAGUGAAAAGGAUGUCCGGUUAGGUGAUUGGAAAGCUGCUGAAAUUGAAAUCUUGAACGGUUUUCAGUUGCUCACAGCAAAACCUGUUGUCUAUUUGGUCAACAUGAAUGAGAAAGAUUAUUCAAGGAAAAAGAACAAGUUUCUUCCUAAGAUUCAUGCUUGGGUGCAAGAGCAUGGGGGCGAGCCAAUUAUUCCUUUCAGCUGUGCCUUAGAAAGAAAUCUUGCUGAUUUGCCUGCAGAUGAAGCAGCAAAAUAUUGUGAGGAGAACAAGAUACAAAGUGCUCUUCCAAAGAUUAUAAAGACUGGAUUUGCUGCUAUCAACCUUAUAUACUUCUUCACUGCGGGCCCUGAUGAGGUGAAAUGCUGGCAAAUCAGAAGGCUAAGUAAGGCUCCUCAAGCUGCAGGAGCAAUUCAUACUGAUUUUGAAAGAGGAUUCAUUUGUGCUGAGGUAAUGAAGUUUGAGGAUCUUAAAGAGUAUGGAAGUGAGUCUGCUGUAAAGGCUGCUGGCAAGUACAAGCAAGAGGGGAAGACUUAUGUGGUCCAAGAUGGCGAUAUUAUAUUUUUCAAGUUUAACGUCUCUGGUGGUGGGAAGAAAUGAUCUUGUCUGUCUGUCAUUUUUAUCUGCUUGCUACCUGUCAGUUCUAUUUAGAAAGAUCUGUUUUUUCGUCACUAAUGCUUCAUUUGAUGAGUUGUAAUCCAUAUGUUUGAAGAUGAUGAUGCUACAUUCUGAAUACGUUUAUGAAAUAUAGAAUGAGAUGCAGACGCAUGCUUUCACUAA